AUGCGCGCGGUAUACUUGCUCUCACUUGCCAGACGCGGCACAAACGUCAACGCGGACGCGAACCUGUGCCUCGCAAAUGUGGCGUUUGCCGAACCUGCUGCUAUUCCACGUUCAAUUGGUGGACCGCAGUACACCAAUGUGUUCUCGAACAGCCCGGAGUCCUUCGUGGAGCCCGAGGAGGCCCAGUGCGACGCUCUUGAAGGCAACGCCACUCCCCCGAGCGUGGCCGCCGCGUAUUCUCGCCAACAUUCCCGUUCGCGACGCGUCCCGGAUUAUGACGGGAUGUGCUACAUAACCCCACAAGAGACGGUCACGGAGCUGUGGAUUCCCAAUGUCACCGUCGUUGAGCCGACCAUCUUCGCGACACCGCGACCGAUGCGUCCGGCGAAGGUCGAUAGGGCGAACAUAUCCGCCAUCGUGGAUCACGAAUGGGAAAUUUGCGGAGGUCGGGUGUGUCUACAGAGCACCGAAACAAAUACGGUCAAUGACAAUCGCCAUACGGAUAACGACAGCUUUGCUACAUGGCCGCUUCUUUCGCCGCGGCGAAGCGAUACGACACAAGUGAAAUCCAUUUGCUCUCAGAUCAACCUGGAUGACAUGUUCUACCCAGUCACGAACUCCCCACCCGCGUCAGAUGCUUCGGAGACAUCCUCCGAGACGUCUUGGAGUCUUGGUCGCGACGCUGGCCGGCUGGACAUACUAAGUGCUCCUUAUGGCACGCCGACUGAUGGCGAAGAGCACGAGCCUAGCGUGGUGGACGCGACCGCAAGACAGGCGGGGGAUGGCCCCUUGCGCGAAUGUGAUUGGAUCGACUGCCCGUUCUGCACACCUGUGGCAGACCAGAAGGGAAGCGACGCAUCCUACUCGACGAUGGAUAUCGCCGCCCAAACCGCUGCCAGACGGGACAAGGCGCACCCUAAAACGAGGCGCAGGAAAGGUCUUCACCAUGCGAAGACGUCCGCUCGCCCUCAACGAGAUUCCAGCUCGAAUGCUUUGAGUGGAAGAUUUCUAGACACCCACGCCCCUCGCCAGCCUGAAACACGGUGUGACAUCGUAGAUGCACCGUCCCAGCGAUGGGGGCAGAGAAAAGACGUCCCCAGCUGCCCGCGGCCUUGCGACUGGAUCGAUUGUCCGAUCUGCGAGCAGGCCAUAUCCGCACCGACCAAGGUAGAAUGCAAGACCGAUGCACAACGCUUGCCUGAGGAUGCCAUACGUCGGAAGUUGGGACCGGAGCGCAAGCACGGGAGGAAGGAAGGAGGGGAAUUCUACAAGGUCGCGGUCAUGCUGGGCCUAGUGCGCGGGCCAUGA